UGACCUGCUUGCGAUACUACAUGUAAAUUGUAAUGGCGGAAGCGAUGAUUCAGUACCUGUGAAUUUCAAAUACAAUUCAAUUAUUAUUGUCAUUGACAAUGGAGAAUCUCGCUUUAUUUUCGUUAAGUGUGAUCCUUGGCGUUAUAUGUUCCGUAUCUUCGCAAAAAGUGACUCUAGCAAGAUGGUGUGUAAGCACAGAUGCAGCAAUGCAGAAAUGCAAUGAAUGGGUGAAUGCCAUUAAAAAUGUUAAAGAACUUGGCCCACUGGCAAAGGAUGUCAGGCCUGCGUACAAGACAAACAGCAAUGAAAACGACUUCUCUAAAAUGCCUGUUCUGUCAUGUGUAAGGGCAGAUAACGUGUUCCACUGUAUGGACAUGUUUGACCGCAAUGAGGUGGAUCUUAUUACACUCGAGGCCGGACAGGGAUACUUUGCAGGCCGCUACCAUUCCAUGAGACCCAUCCUUGCGGAAAAAUAUGAUGACACAACCGAUUCUCCGCUUGAAUACUACGCUGUUGCCUUGAAGCGGACUGGUGGCAACGUCAAGUUAGACCAGCUGAAAAACAAGAAUGCCUGCAUGCCAGGUAUCGGUACAGGAGCAGGUUGGGUGUACCCGAUAGCGUCAAUGUUGAAGACAAGGAUGAUAGAGGUGUUUGAAUGCAACGCCAUAGUGAAGACAGUUACCAACUUCUUCAAUCAGAUGUGCCUGCCUGGGGCUCUCAACUCCUUCUACAACCAGUUUGGUAACAACCCGGCCAAGGUGUGUGAGCUAUGUCGCGGUUCUGGUGAGGAGAAGUGCACCUCAAGUGACCCCCAUGCAGGCUUUGAUGGGGCCCUCAAAUGCCUUAACAGUGGUGGCGAUAUCGCCUUCGUGAGGCAUGACACCGUCUCUACCAACGAUCCAGGAAAUUCAGGGAGUUACCAGCUGGUCUGCCCAGACAAUAUAGAUCGCGACAUUGGGGACUACACUAAUUGCAACUUUGGCAAGGUGCCAAACGACAUUGUGAUGACCUCUGGACUGAAGAGCGACGCCUACAUCACGGCUUACAAGGAGUUCCUGUUGCAAGCCUCCACAUGGUUUGGAGUCCGAGGCGCCUACAAGGCACAGUUCUCGCUGUUCACGUCAGCCUCUGUGGAGUACCUGGAUAGGAAGAACGUGCUCUUCAAUGACAACACCAAGAUGCUCGUGGAUGUGAAUGAUAGAGACAGAUACUACACGUGGAUAGACAAGACAUUCACGGAGAAUCUUCUCACGCUGAACUUGUGCCCAAUCGACGUCGUCCGGCUAUGCGUGAUCUCGGAUGCGGAGCGGCUCAAGUGCGAGCGCAUGGUGGAGGUGUUCAGGGGCAAGGACAUCAAGCCUGACAUGGACUGCAUCAUGACCAAGUCCUCUCUGGAAUGCAUGAAGCUGCUGUCCACUGGCGAUGCUGACCUCACAAUGCUUGAUGCCGGCGAUAUCUACAAGGCUGGAAGAACAUACAACUUGGUACCGAUCGCCAGUGAAGACUACGGAGACAUGACGGGCAGGUACAAGGUCGUCGCAGCCGCGCUCAAACGGAAUCUCAGAAUGACGCUCUACAAUCUGAAAGAUUUCCGAGCAUGCCAUGCAGGUAUAGGUCGCGGUGAUGGCUGGAUUAUCCCCCUAAACAUCUACAUCGAGACAGUCCAGUUUAUCCCGGCUCAGUGCACCAUCUUUGAGAACCUGGGUGAGCUCUUUUCUCGGAGUUGCAUCCCAGGGGCCCUAGACAAGGAGUACAAUCCGAGCGGAAAGCCUGUGAACCUUUGCGAGGCUUGCCAGGGCGGCGGCUACAGGAAGUGCAAGCGGAACAGCGACGAGCUGUACUAUGGCACCACCGGUGCCUUCAGGUGUCUCACUGAACAUGCGGGAGACGUUGCCUUCGUACACCACCUGACCGUGGGUGACAACACAGACGGACGUAACCAGGCCGUGUGGGCGAGAAACCGUCGCUCGGACGACUACGAACUCCUCUGUAAGGACGGCACGCGCACACACAUCGAGAACUGGGCCAACUGCUACCUAGGCGAGGUCCCGGGCGCGGCCCUCAUGACCAGUGAGUUUGUGAAACCGGAGAGGAGGGACAUCUACUGGAAUAUUUUCAGCUACGGGCAGCAGUUCUUCUCAUCAGACAUCGAUGGAGACUAUCACAUGUUCGACAGCGGUGACUUCUACAGCGACCUGAUCUUUUCUGAUGAAGCCGUGCGACUGAUCCCAGUCCCUCUGGAGAGACAAAACUACGAGACGUACCUCGGUGCGACCUUCAUCAACCAGAUCCGCAACCUCGAUCAGUACCAGUGUGUCCCGGUUGCAGGCUCAGGGAGCUUCUUUCCAAACCUGAUGCUCAUGUUGGUUUCCAUCGUUGCGUUCUUUGUCAUGAUGGUGUAACAUAUGUGCAGAUGACAUUUUGUAGUAAUUUUUUUGGUACGCUUUUGCAAUAAGAUCUUGUGUUUCGAUAGUGUAGAUUAUUAGUGGAAAAGAUUUUUUAUGAAAUAUCAGUGAUAUGUUUGUACUGAAACGACACAAUUUUUUUUUUUAAUUUGUACCAGUAACAUUCAAUAAAAGGCUUACUGGUUGAAACUAAUGUAGUAUAGAACCUCUAUAUGCAACUGUUUCAUUAUUACAAUGACUUUAAGCUCAUUUCAUUUGUAUGAUUAACACAAAACAUUAAUCUGUAAUUGUAUAUAAAUGAGAAAUUGCUUCAAAUUGUUUCACACGUUUGCAUACAGUGCUGGUAGAUAUUGAGCUGUACAUAACUCAUUUGGAGGACACAACAAAGUCAUGAGAAAAGGCAGUUUUACAAAUAUUUGUUGGUUCUGGUGUGGAAGCUGUUUUGAAAGCUGAGUUAAAUCAUGAUGAAACAUUACUUUGAAAUUUUGCAAAUGGAAAAAAAAUAUAUAAAUUGAUAUUCAUUUUUCUGUCUGAUUAUACAAGAAAUAUAUUUUGAACUAAAGCACGUUUGACAGCUCAUCAAAUGUGAGUUAUUGCAAAGAAAAUGUGAUAAGAAGGCUCAUGAAAGAGUUGAAAACUCAUUUAAAAAUGCACAUAUUGUAAAUAGAUGUUUCAUAACCAAUUUAUGUAUAAAUGUUUUUCAUUCACCCAUUUUGAUAUUACUAUGUAUCUCUACAUACUUUGAUUUCAUGUCCUCUUGUGAAAUCAUAUGUUAAGCUUAUGGUUCCUUUAUGAAUUUGUUAAAAAAAAAAACUAGACCCUGCUUUGUAUCAUUUGAUCAAAUAAAUAUUUAAGCUAAAAUCCCCUGUAUGAUCAUAUUGAACAUUAUUGUUUAGUCAUGCACCCUAAUGCAUACAAUUAAAUGUAUUAAAAUAGAAUCAAAGUAAAGUGAAAAAAGUUUCUUAAAUUUGCAUGGUUUACUUGUUUAUUAUAUAUACAUUUGAAUGAAGCAUUAGGAAAAAUAUAUGGAUUUUUAAACUGAAUUUCAUUAGAAUGAAUUAUUUUCAUCAGCACAUCUUAAUCUGUACCCUUACAUUCCUUUUUGUAUAAUAUGUGUGUAUAUUAGGUUUUUAUUCUAUCCAUUGCAUUUUGUUUUCUUGAUAACACAUUAUAUUACAAAACAUAUCUUUUAUACUGUAAAAUAAAACAAACAAAAACAUGAAAA